AAUAUCCAUCCCACCUGAGAAGAGACUCAAAUCACUCCGAGGACUUUGCCAUGAAGACAGCACUCGCUUUUCUCCUGUGCGCUCUCGUUCCGUCUCUGAUUACAGCGCAAUGCGGGCAGAGGCCCGUGAGCGCGCGUGUGGUCGCCGGUACUGAUGCAGUCCCUCACUCGUGGCCCUGGCAAAUCUCCUUAGAAACCACAAAGGACAGGAACAGGUGGUUUCACACAUGCGGUGGCUCACUCAUCUCGCCUGAGUACAUCGUCACGGCUGCCCACUGCUUCCCCAAUAACCCUGACGUCACCAUGUUCCGGGUUGUCGUCGGUCAGCAUGACCGCCUCAAUGGGGGAGACGGUCAGACGCCUAUCGCUAUACACGAAGUCAUUAAGCACGAAUCCUUCAGCAUGCGACAUCUGCGCAAUGACAUUGCUCUAAUCAGACUCGUCAAACCAGUGACGCUGAGUGAAAGGGUGGGUACUGUCUGUCUUCCCUCGCAUGGCGACAGGAUCACACCAGGAACAAAGUGCUUCAUUACAGGGUGGGGUCGAACGGUGGGCGGAGGUAAAUCCGCCAGAAUCCUUCAACAAGCAGAAAUGCCCAUCGCUACCCACAAGGACUGCAGUGCGGCUAAUAGCCGAUUAGUGCCAGUCCACGAGGAAUCCAUGCUUUGCGCGGGCCAUGCUACCACAGGGGUGCACGUCAGUGGAUGUCAAGGGGACAGCGGAGGACCAUUUGUGUGCGAGGAAAGCGGGAGGUGGGUGCUGCGAGGAGCGGUCAGCUGGGGAAACCCUCGGUGUCUCGCGGAGAAUUUCUAUACGGUGUUCGCACGAAUGAGCUCGUAUGUGAACUGGAUUAACAGCAAGAUGUCAACUGCAGGGACGCUGCCACCAAACCCACCGAGCCCAUCGACUGCGCCGCCUCCACCAGCGUGUAAGAAUGACUGGGGAGGUGCAACGUGCGAUAUCUAUAAAGCACACUGUAACUUCAUCACUGUCAAACUGAGCUGCAAGAAAACCUGCAACUUCUGUCGCAAUGGUUGAAAAGCGAUCUACUUCAGGACGACUUCUGUGAUGAAAUAAAUUAAUCCCCCAG